CUUUCACCUUUCUCAUUUCUGAGCAUUUUGUGUCUCAGUUUGCUCUAAGCUUAGUCUCAAUUGUCCCUUAGCUUAUCUCAGAACUGGCUUCUAUGCCCUGCUCCUUUCCAAACAUCGCUCUUCAGUGUGAAUUUGUAACCAUCUACCCUUGUUGCUCGUUUCAUUGGGUGUCGCUUCCUAGGAUCUCAUGCGGAGGUGCACUUUGGUGGCUUGUAGCAUUUAAAGUGCAUUUUGAACUAGUUGGUAGGAUUAUGGGAGCGCUCUCAGCACGGGUAGCUUGCCUACCCCCAUUUUUCGUUCAUCCACUUGGUUCUUCGACCCUUCUUUCAGGUGAUGGUGACAGAUCAGCAAUGGCGAUGAUGUUGUUUUGGUGGAGGUGACUGCUUUACAUUUUCAUGUCUAGACUUUUCUGGUUGUUAGUUGCGUUAGACUGCACACUUUGGGCCCAUUUCAUUGUAAUUUUCUUUAUGAAGUUGGGUUUUUGGUUGGUUAUUCUGGAUUCCCAUUUUGAGUUGUUCUUACACCUUGUACUAGUUUUAUUUUUUAAUGAAAUUUAGUUCGAUUGAAAAAAAAAAAGAAAGAGAAGGAAGGAGUUUCUCUCCCUUGGGCCUUUUUAGCAAAAAUAUGCAACAAGGAUCGAGCUUCUGAUAUUCCAGAUUAUAGAGAACCCGCGGCGACCAAUCAAUUCCUUUCCAAAACCCUAGAAAUACAAAAUUUCACAAUAUUGAUUUCUUCCUCUUCUGCUAAACCUAGGGGGUUUCGACGAACCCUAGCUCGGAGAAGAUUGACGAGCAAUUCUGAAUCUAGCGAUGGACUUCGACGAGUACGAUUAUCUGGAGAAGACUGUGCAGGAGAACGACGACCGCGAGUCCAAGCAGAAAACGAGCAAGAAAGGGACCGAGAAGAGCUACAGGAAGAGAGAUGUUGACGACGACGUUUCGUUGGGCGGCGAGGAGGACGAAAGGAAGAGCAGUAAGAGGUCAAAGGCGGAGCACGAGAACGGGCGCGAGAAGGAUCGGCACCAUCGAAGUGGGAGGGAGAGAGACCGGGACAGUGAAGGGGAUAAGGACCACGAUCGUGAUCGUGAUCGCGAGAGGGAGAGAGACAGAGAGAGGAGUAGCAGAGAGAAGGACAGGGUCAAGGAGAAGGAGAAGGACAAGGAGAGAGAAAAAGAGCGGAGGGAGAGGGAUAAGGAGAGGGAAAGAGAGAGGAGAGAUAGGAGAGAGAGGGAGGACAGAGAGAGAAGAGAGAAAGAGGAGAAUGAGAGGUCUCGGAGGAGUGUGAGUCGGUCCGACCGCGAAGAGAAAGAGAGGCCUCGCAGGAGUAGUGACCGAGAAGAGAGAGAGCGAUCUCGCAGAAGUAGGAGCCGCUCUGAACGCGAUAGGGAGAGGGAAAUUAGAGAAAGAGAUCGAGAGCUUGAGUUGAGGGAGAGCAGGAGGUUUAAGGACAAAAAGGAAGCGGUGGAGCCGGAAGCUGAUCCAGAAAGGGAUCAGAGAACUGUUUUUGCUUACCAGAUGCCACUGAAGGCAACUGAACGAGAUGUUUAUGAAUUGUUCUCAAAAGCGGGCAAGGUGAGGGAUGUACGCCUGAUCAUGGACAGGAAUUCUAGACGGUCAAAAGGAGUUGGGUAUAUUGAGUUCUAUGAUGCAAUGUCUGUGCCAAUGGCUAUAGCUUUUUCUGGCCAACUACUUCUGGGGCAACCUGUAAUGGUGAAACCUUCGGAGGCUGAAAAGAAUCUUGUUCAGUCCAACACAACGAGUGGGGCUGCAGGUGUUGUAGGGCCAUAUGGUGCGGUUGAUAGGAAACUGUAUGUGGGGAACUUGCAUUUUAACAUGACUGAGACUCACCUUAGAGAGAUUUUUGAACCGUUUGGACCAGUGGAGCUUGUGCAACUUCCCCUUGAUCUUGAGACAGGACAGUGCAAGGGUUUUGGCUUUGUUCAAUUUGCUCAUCUAGAACAUGCAAGGGCUGCUCAAAGUUUGAAUGGAAAGUUGGAGAUUGCUGGUCGAACUAUCAAGGUUUCAUCUGUUACAGAUCAUGUUGGAUCUCAAGAUGCUGGAGCAAAAUCUGCAGACUUUGAUGAUGAUGAUGGGGGUGGUUUGUCUUUAAAUGCCCAAUCUAGAGCACUGCUAAUGCAGAAGCUGGAUCGCACUGGUAUUGCCACAAGUAUUGUGGGUUCUCUUGGAGUUCAUGCGCUGAAUGGGGCAGCUCCUAAUCAACUAGCUGUUGCAUUGCCAAUCAAUGGUCAAGCUGCAGUCUCUGCUCCUAUUCUUCCACCAGCAGUUGCAGUCAAUGAACCUGUUGGUAACCCCAGCGAAUGUCUACUACUGAAGAAUAUGUUCGAUCCAGCCACUGAGAGGGAGCCAGAUUUUGAUAUAGACAUUAAAGAGGAUGUUGAAGAAGAAUGUUCGAAAUAUGGCCAUGUGAAGCAUAUUUAUGUGGACAAAAACAGUGCUGGUUUCGUGUAUUUGUGGUUUGAAACUGUGGAAGCAGCAGCCGGAGCUCAACGUGCAAUGCAUUGGAGAUGGUUUGCAGGAAGGCUGAUUUCAGCCCUGUUCAUGCAACCUCAAGUUUACGAGGCCAAGUUUGGAGCUUAAACCGCUGCUCAGAUGCGGGAGUGGAAAAGUCUCUGCGGACAUGCAUUGAGUGUUUUUAGUUGAAGGAUGGUUACUUGUUUUUGUUUAGGAUACCGAACUUUCUAGUUUUGAUCAUACACAUGUAAUGAUUAUAUGGUAUGCACGACAUGUGGAAAAUGUGCCCUGUUUUUUUUAUACUAAGCUAGAUGUGUGAGAAAUAUAAUUUUAUUUUUAUUCUUCUCAAAUAUUGUUUUUAAAUUUUUUUUUUGGUAGGAGUUAUGCACAGGAAAAAAUAAGUACUGGCAGUAAUGGAGAGAGAAGGUGAAACAGCGAGUGAGUUCAAAGGGUAGUGAUAGGGUGACAUGGUUU